UAGGCCCCACCCGCGCACCUCUCCGACUCUUGCCGCGGCCUCGCCCCCGCCACCUGGGCGGAGCCGGCGCGGGAUCCGGGUGUCAGUGCUGGCAGCAGCGGCAGCUGUGGGGCGAGGGUCGCAGCCCUGUGCGGGCCAUAGCAACUUCGUGGGCGGAUCCUUGUGUGCGAGGCGGGACCCGAGGUGAGCCCAGGAGCGGGUGCACCAGCCAACCGGCCGAUUCGCCUGUGCAUUAUGACAGGGCUGAACUGGGGUCCGCGCGAGCCUGGGUCCCACACCCCCAGAUUUCUGGCCUCCCCUCCAAACAGAUCCCACCAAGAUGGCAUCCGCUAGUGAGCCCCCUGCCAGCCCACGGGACGCUGCCGACCAGAACUUUGACUACAUGUUCAAACUGCUUUUGAUCGGGAACAGCAGCGUAGGCAAGACCUCCUUCCUGUUCCGCUAUGCCGAUGACUCCUUCACCCCCGCCUUCGUGAGCACAGUGGGCAUUGACUUCAAGGUCAAGACAGUCUACAGACAUGACAAGAGGAUCAAGCUGCAGAUCUGGGACACAGCAGGCCAGGAGCGCUACCGGACAAUCACCACGGCCUACUACCGUGGAGCCAUGGGCUUCCUGCUGAUGUAUGACAUCGCCAACCAGGAGUCCUUCACAGCUGUGCAGGACUGGGCUACGCAGAUUAAAACCUAUUCCUGGGACAACGCCCAGGUCAUCCUUGUGGGGAACAAGUGUGACCUGGAGGAUGAACGGGUCGUAUCUGCUGAGGAUGGCCAGAGGCUCGCUGGUGAUCUUGGUUUUGAGUUCUUCGAGGCCAGCGCCAAGGAGAACAUCAACGUGAAGCAGGUGUUCGAGCGCCUGGUGGAUAUCAUCUGUGACAAGAUGAAUGAGUCCCUGGAACCCAGCUCCAGCCCAGGCAGCAAUGGGAAAGGCCCAGCCCUCGGGGAUACCCCACCCCCUCAGCCGAGCAGCUGCGGCUGUUAGGUUCGGCCCUUGACCUCCCCACACCUGUCCUUCUUGCCUCUUCAUGGGCAGCGGCCAAGGUGUGAGCUAUGGGGACUGUCUCAAAGCUCAGGGCACCCCCUUGCCUCUGGUCCACGUACCCCUCCUCUUGCACAAGUUCAGCUCCCUUUCUCUCCAUGUCAGAAUGCUCAGACAGUCCUGGUUAGAGCCCACGCCCCGGGGCUCUGCUCAGCAUUGUCUGGGGUUGGCACACCCACACAGGCAUUCAAUGGAGGUAGCUAUAGGUGCCAUGGCCUUUCCUGAUGAUGGAAGGAUGUCCCAUGCCUUCCGCCUCAGAACCAUUUCCCAGGUGUGUGAUCUACUCCUCUGUUGUUGGCUGAAGAUGUCACCUGGUGUGGGUCGCUGUCCAACUUAGUCCUGGUAGCCUCUCCAUCUCAGGUCCACCAGUUUGGCCUUGAAAUCUGCCUAUGAACUGGCCGCUGCCAAGGAUACAGGCAGAUCUGCCAUCUCCAUCUCUGCCUCUCUGGCAUCGACUGGAAAGCCUGCUUUCCCGUUAUAGAGGGAUAGAGUCAGAGCCCCUGACACCCGGGACUCUCCAAAGUGCCUUCCAAGCUUCUCCUGAAUCCAUGCCACUCCCAGAAUUAAAUUUUGGAUUAUUCAGGGCCCUAUCCAUGGAGGCUGAGAAUUGCCUCACCCUUUACAGUACAGCUUUCUGUCAGUUUACCUCAGAGCCAGGGAACUGAGGCUGCCCAGCCAGGUCCCCAUCUGUCCCGUGUUUUAAGCAAGAGUUUUACAAACCUUACAUCCUGUGUAGAAACGGAAGUGAAGAAAGCAACCCACAGAGGGCGUGCCCUUGCUAGUCGGUUUCUCAUGGCAGGAUUUGGGCUUCUCCACCCGAGGACUCAUGUAUAGACCCAGCGUUGGCAUCAUUGUCACCAUCAGUUGGCCCAGGGACACUGGGGUUGUGGGGAAGGAUUGGGGAGAAGGCAUCAGUGGGCAACCCAGUGUUUUUGUUUGUACAUCAUGGGAGCAACAGGCCCUCCUGUGAGUUAGGGAUGGGCUUCGGGUGUGAUUGAUGUCUCUACAAAGCUUGAGACUUAGCCCCUAGGAUACUCGACUCACUCCAGCUAGGAAGUCUUUUGACUCACCGACCAAACUCCCCUAAACGCCAUCUGACAUGCUUGGUCCAGGUGACAGACGGUCGCUCAGAGUCACAUACCCCUGAUUCUGUAUCAGUGUGUCCUCCUUCAGUCCCCAGAGCCAAAAUCAUUCUGCAGCCCUACUGAGCACAGCCUCUUCCUGGGGUGCGUACGACCUACGGUGCCUGCUUCAGGUCCAGAUGUGUUUCUAGGCCUGCCAGUGGCUGUCUUCAUACAAAGUGAGGGCGUCUGACUACUGGGAGGAAAGAGUCAUUUUUUUUUAUGUUGCUUUAUCAUUAAAUAGUCAAAACAAUGAAAAUUAUGUUCUUAAGGUUCCACAACAUGCUGGGUAUGGUGGAGGAAAUGUUUGAUCCCAGCACUUUGGAGGCAGAGUUUGAGGGUAGCCUGGUCUACAGAGCAAGUUCCAGAACAUCUGGGGACAAAAGAGAAAACCUGUUUUGAAAAACAAGAGAGAGAGAGAGAGAGAGAGAGAGAGAGAGAGAGAGAGAGAGAACGCAACUAGGCUGGAACCAGCCCACUUGCCAGCAUCUGCCUACUAUUUUGCACAGGGUCCUGUCUUGAAGGCCCAGCACCACACAAACUAGGCACAUGGUCCAGGGAUGUCAUCCUAGUAGAGGCAGGAGGAUGGGAAGUUUGGGGUCACCUUUGAUUACUAUCUAGGAUGUUUGAGGCCAGCCUGGAGCUGUAAGAGACUGUCACAGAAGAAAAGAAAGACCUGUCAAAGAUUCUGUGGACCAGUCAGUCCAUUGCUCCCAAGUUCCCAAGCACAGUGGUGGAGAGCCUGCCCUUAGUUAGCUAAAGCUCGUCCUAUCAAUUUGAGUCAACUAAAUCACCUCUGACUGGAUCAUUGGACUUAGUCUCAGCUUCCUGUGGAUUGAUGAGGCUCUCUCGGUUCUACUCUGAAUACCAACAGAGGAAACCACCUUGUGGUUUUCUUACAACUGGGGAUUUGGCUGGCAGAAUGGCUCAUCUGAAGACACUUGCCACCAAGCCCGAUGACCUGAGUUAGAUCUCAGGAUUUAAGCCACCCUCUCACCUUCACACACAUUAUGGCGAGCAUAGGUGUGUGCAGUCAAUGUCAAACAAAAAAACCUUUUGUGAAAACUGAAUAAUGUGGAAACUUUGUUAUUUCUUCCUCCAAUGAAGGGUGAUCUGAACUUGUCGAUUCUUCCAUUAGGUCUUACCAAGGAUGGGUGAGGGGGUCAUUAAGUGAACAGAGGCUGUGGUCUGGGCAGAUGGCCAAGAAGGACGGGAGCCUGUUGAGUUUAUAGACAGGAAUGCUUCUGCUCUGCAGGAAAAGGCCCAGGAGUAGCCAGCCUCCAGCACCUUAUCCCUGUGUCCCCCGGGGAGGAAUGACCAUGGCAGCAGUGGUCUGACGGUCUGGGAUUUUUAGGUUUGGUUUUUGUUUUUUCUUGUUCUUGUCUGUGGGUCUCAUCAUAUAGACCAGGCUGGCCUUGAACUCACCAAGAUCCAUCUGCUUGUGCCUCCCUAGUGCUGGGAUUAGAGGCAUACAUCCUUAUGUCCGGCUGACAUUUCUGUCUCCUACGUAGUGGAAUUAUAGGCUGCACCACACACUGUUUGACGCAGGGAUAUGGAUGGAGCCCAGGACUUCCUGCAUGCUAGGCAAACAUUUUACCAACUGGGCUUGGCCUCAUCCUGGCCUCUGUUUCCAAGUGAUGAUUCUGCUCCUGGCUCCCUGCUAGCAAUUCUGAAACAAGACUGAGUCAACUCUGGUCUGGUGCUGCCUAAACUCCCCAUUGUCCAGUCCAGGAAAGAAUGUAUACUUUUUUUUUUCUCAAUGUAAUAAAAUAAAGGAAGCCAUAAAGGAA